AUGGCGGCCUCCGCUCCGGGGGUCUCCCUGGGCGUCAUCUUCGAUAAAGAAUUCGUAGAAGAAUUGUUCAAAAAAGCACUGCAAGGCCGGGAGAAGGACGCCAGCGCUAAGUUGACAGCUGAGCUGGAGAGGGCGUUCUCCGGCAGAAAGGUGCACAGCUUGUCCGCCUUCCUGAGCCUCCUGAUAAAGCUUCUCAGCGAGCAGCGAGAAGUUAAGGUUUCCAAGGGAGAGCAAGAUACGAAUCAGUGGAGGAAUGAGAGCUCUAAGGCCGAGAAGAGAGAAGCCGGAGGGGAACAGGCAGCGCAGGAGGCCAGGGAGCUCGCUGCAGAGUUGCCAGAAUACGGGUAUCACGGCAAACUCGUCGUGGCGAUACCUGUGAUCGUAGGGGCGAUCAUCUCCAUUGUGGUUUUCUGUUUCAUGGCGAUUUAUUGCCACAGAACAUCAUCAGAGGAAGGUGAAGAAGGAAGCUCAAGGGGCUUUUUCUCAAUUCUCUGGCCUAUGAGAUGCUCACCGGCUGCUCCCACGACAAAGGAGCACGUUUCUGCCCGAAGGCAGCCGCUCUGGCUCAGGGACCUGUACCGACCGCGCAGUGCGAGGUGCAUAGAGGACAUGGCGCAGAAGCUGCACGACAAGGAGUCCUCGGCUGAGGACGAGCUGUACUACCAGAUGUUGCGUGGUGAGUUCGCGGUGUUAAGGGUCGCUGCCACAGACUCGGCUGCGUGACAGACCCGUGUGAACCACGGCAUAGGAGGCUGCCACCGAGCGACCCCCAUCCUCAGGCGACCUGCAAAUCUUAGUGAACUGUGUGUACAAUAAAUUGUGUUUGUUUUUGUUUUUUUAGUUCAUCGUCUUGUGAUCAUUUUUCUAGA